ACUACGACAACAAAGAACCAUUGCAGAACACUUCUUGCACAUCAAUUAGUCAUUGGGAGUUGUGUAUCAUGAUAUUGCUACUUUUUAAGCAGCAUUGAAUCUAACAAAGAGCCUAGGCUUCUACUUACAAACUUUCCUCUCUCUCUCCCGCUCAAUAUACUUGGUCUCAACUCAAGAGCCAAUCCCACGGCUCCUAAAUAGGCCAACCAGGCAAGGCACCCACCAAGCAACAUCGGUCAAGACACUUUCGGCUGCAUUCUGUUCCUCCACAAGGCACCCAUAAUCAAGCCUACCCCGCACAGCCCAACUACUGAUACAAAAUUCUCGCCAUCGACCAGCCUCUCCCAACUUUUUCCAUCCCCAAACAACAAUCUCUCAGUUUGCUUUCGUCGUCAACCACGUUUACUAUUCAUCAUACAUUGCACUUUAAGUAAGUCACAUUCACUUCGCUUAUCUUCAUUUUACCUACCCCUUCAUUACUAUUGCGCAAAACUCCCAUACAUUUGCGGUCGCCUUUGACUGUUUUGAGGGUUCAUCUCAGUCGUCUUGGCCAAAAUAAAUCGGAGCUGGCUGGUUUUACCGUAUUUCUGCACAUCAGCCUCAUAUACCUUCAGAUUACUACACACCCCCCCCUUUUUCACACAUCAACUAUCCAUAUUCUUUCAACUCAGAAGGAUUUACAGCAUAACCUCAUGUAUUACAUUGCUAAAAUCGCUCAGAUAGUACUCCUGCAACAAAAUUACAAAAGAUAACAACUCCAAAUCAAACAAUGUCUACUCGUAGCGAGAGUCAAAAACAAGCAGCCGAGACUGCUCCAGCUAUCCGUCGUGCUAAGGGCAAAGCUGCUACCGACAAUGCGCCCGAAGUUCCAGGAAAUGCCCAUUCAUCUGGCCGUCGCUGGACACAAGAAGAAAAAGUGAGAUUGCUUUUCUAUUCUUGCGCAGCAAUAACUAACUAGGAACACAGGAUUCUGUAUUGGUUCAGAUCUGUCUCCAAGCUGGAGGGAAAAGUUUCACCCCAAAGUGGGAAGAUAUAAAUGUACCUGGUCGCUCUGAGAAAGCUCUCCAGCACUUUUGGAGUGAUAUUAAGAAGCCCGCUGCUGAUUCUCUUGUACACGCUGCGGAACGUACGUUUAUCUCUUUAUGACUCCAGAAGUGUAUUUGCACUAACAACGGGACUUAGUCAAGGACGGCGGUGAUAGUAAUGACAAAAAGGGUAGAAAGGCCGCUGACGAGGCUGGAGAAGGUAUGUAUUCGUGUAAUGUUGGCAAUGCAUCUCACAAAACUAACAAACGGCUGUUUAGGUGCCAUUCAGAAGAAACCAAAGGUGGCUAAGAAGGCUGCUGCCAAGGCUAAAGCCAAGAAGGUCAAGGAUGAUACUGAAGAAAAGCUUCCUGUCGAUGAAUAUUUCGAUACUGAUGCGUGAUUGGUAUCGAUUUCCGAGGGGUUCUUGGUUAUUCAAGCAAAUGGAGGUCGUCUUAAGGCUCUGGGAAUUGAUUUAAUACGGGACAUGGGAGUUAUUUAUAGCAUUUUUUCAUCAAUUUGUUGAAUUAUUCUUCAAACAAUUCAACAGAAUGACAGAAAGUUACUUUCUUUGCAUUUGCUUGCAUAAUAU